GGUGUCUGUAGAAAUUAAGUCGAGUUUAUUAACUGAAGAUGUUUGUAGCCAAAAGUAUCUCAGCGGAUCAUAAAGAUCUGAUUCACGAUGUGUCUUAUGAUUUCCAUGGCAGGAGGAUGGCGACCUGCUCCAGCGACCAAAGUGUCAAGGUUUGGGACAAGAGUGACAGCGGGGAGUGGCACUGCACCGCCAGCUGGAAGACCCACAGUGGCUCGGUGUGGAGGGUGACCUGGGCUCACCCCGAGUUCGGCCAGGUUCUGGCUUCCUGUUCGUUCGAUCGGACAGCCGCGGUCUGGGAGGAAAUAGUCGGCGAAUCGAACGAUAAGCAGCGUGGCCUCAGUCACUGGAUCAAGAGGACCACGUUGGUGGACAGCAGGACGUCGGUGACCGAUGUGAAGUUCGCCCCGAAGCACAUGGGUCUGGUUCUGGCUACCUGCUCGGCCGACGGAGUGGUUCGCAUCUACGAAGCUCCGGACGUGAUGAACCUGAGCCAGUGGAGCCUCCAGCACGAGAUCUCCUGCAAGCUCUCCUGCUCCUGCAUCUCCUGGAACCCCUCCAGCUCGCGUGCUCACGCUCCCAUGAUCGCGGUCGGUAGCGACGACAACAACGUCACCUACACCGGAAAAGUACAGAUCUACGAGUACAACGAAAACACCAGGAAGUACGCCAAGGCAGAAACCCUGAUGACCGUCACAGAUCCGGUUCACGACAUCGCCUUCGCGCCGAACCUCGGGAGGUCCUUCCACGUUCUGGCCAUAGCGACCAAAGACGUGCGCAUCUUCAAGCUCAUACCGUUACGGCGGGACGGCUCCACCGGUUCCGGACCCACGAAGUUCGAGGUGCAGGUCAUGGCUCAGUUCGACAACCAUAACUCCCAGGUCUGGCGCGUGAGCUGGAACAUCACCAGCACGCUGCUGGCCUCGUCCGGGGACGACGGCUGCGUCCGGCUCUGGAAAGCGAACUACAUGGAUAACUGGAAGUGCACCGGGAUCCUGCGCGGCGACGGAAGUCCGGUGAACGGCUCCUCGGUCCAGGCCGCGGCCCUGAACGCCGCCGGGGUCUCCGGGGUUCAGAGCAGCGUCAUGGGAGCGCCGACCGCCGGCAGAAAAAAGACUCAGCUGAUGGCAAGCUAACAGUGACUGGCUGAUUGCUGCAUGCACACACACACACACACACACACACACACACACUUGUACACACACUCGUACACACACUCGACUCGGGAGUCUCGGAUUCAUCCACGGUCCAGAUCUGAACCUCCUCGAUCUGCUAAUUCAGCGCCGGUGAUCGCUGCAGGUCCAUCGCUGCUGCACCAUGAGCUACUACCAGCCUGUGUGUGUUACCGUGUGUUACAGUGUGGACGGUCCUACUGACCCCACUGACCCAACUGUUCCACUCACACUCACCCUCACGUGUUUAAUAUAUCAUGGGAUUUGAACAUAACGUGCAGAUUAUUCUUGAGAUGCAGUUCUCAUGUGUGACACUAGAGGGAGACACAUUCACUGUUUCAGUUUUCACUCUUCGCCUCGCGUACACCAGUAACCGCGAUUAUACCAGUUCGUUACACCAGUUUGGUUCCUAAAAUAGUCCUUGGUCUCUGUAGUGUUUGUGUUUAAAAGUAUUAUGGAUUUUUCCCACCUCUCAAAAACAUGCAGCAGGUGUAUUGGCUGCUCUAAAUUGCCCCCCCCCCACCCCAGGUCUAAGUGACUGACCGAUAGAGUGUGUUGCCUGGCGAUGGAUUUGCAUCCUCUCCGGGUGUUUUCCUACUUGUUUGAGGCACCGUGACCCUGACCAUGAUGAUGCGAUUGUUUACAAUUACAUUUUCUGCAUUAUGCUUUUAUCCACAGUGACUUACAGUACUGUGACAAUAUUUUAUUUAAGCAAUUGAGAUUUAAGGGCCUUGCUCAAGGGCCCAACAACAGCUAACCCAAACGUGGGUUAGCUUCGUUCUCCUCAAUCAGAGCGAAUUGGACGCGCUAAAGGGGGAGAAAAUGCAUAAAAGAAAAUAUAUAUAAAAAUAUAAUAAUAAUAAAACACUUUGGAAUAAAGGUCUUGAUUUUUUCCCCUCUUCAGACUAAUUACUAAUAAUAAUAAUAAUUUUUGUAUUAAAAAACUCAUCAGAUGUUUUUUGUGGUCGCUCGGGUGUUCGUAUCUCAGCAGUGCUUCCAACCUGGCCGGGCGUGUCUAAGGGAGGGAAGGUCUGAUGGGGUUCCUCCUCUUCGCCGUGACGCUCGGUUGUCUGCAGACUCAGUUUGGGAUGUAACCUAAUCCCCACACGGUCCCAACCGAUUCCCCUGCACCCUGGUUCCCUUACUGCUCCCUUAAUGUUACCAGCUGUUCUAACACACAUGGAGGAACACGCUACACUCUUCACAUUCCUCCACCGGACUGUAGGGGUCACUGUUUCAGGGUGGGUGAUUGUAUCUCUAGGCUGCCUGACCAGGACGGCGGUGCUGCUGAGCUCAGAUGGAGGAGUGUAAACUGAAUUUAAGGCUGAACGAUUCGUGGUUGUUUCGGGUUUUUUUACAGUUUGUACAUGAUAAUAAAACCUGUUUGUUUAACCGCA